UUUGGUAGGCUUCUGCACACCAAAAUGGAGAAGAGAGAAAAAGCUCACUGUCUGGUCUUGUUCUAUCCAAGCCAAGGCCACAUUAAUCCAUUGCUCCAAUUCUCCAAGCGUUUAGAGCACAAAGGACUCAAAGUCACAUUUAUCACUACCCGCUCUGUUCUCAAGGCCAUGUAUGGAGGAGGAGGAGGAGGACAAUCACCAUCAUCAUUCUCUUCCAUUGCAUUGGAGACCAUUUCUGAUGGCUAUGAUGAAGGAGGAGCUUCCCAAGCAGAGAGCAUCGAGGCUUACUUGGACCGUUUUCGGGAAAUAGGUUCACAGACUUUGGCUGAGCUCAUUGAGGAAAUUUCUGGCUCAGGCCACCCUGCUGAUUGUCUAGUUUAUGAUUCAUGUAUGUCUUGGGCUCUUGAUGUGGCCAAAAGGGUUGGGAUUGCUGGGGCUGCUUUCUUCACCUUUUCUUGUGCUGUUACCAAUAUAUACUCUCUUGUCCAAAAUGGGCUGCUCAAAGUUCCUCUCAAUCCAGGCUCUGAGAUUUUGCUGCCAGGAUUACCACCUCUUCAACCUUCAGACACCCCAUCUUUCGUCUAUGUUUCUGGAUCGUACCCAGCUUUCUUUAAACUGAUUCUGGACCAGUUCUCUAAUCUUGACAAAGCUGAUUGGGUCUUGUGCAACACAUUUCAUGAGCUGGAACAAGAGGCGGUGGAUUGGAUGGCAAAAUUUUGGCCAUUGAGGACGAUUGGACCAACCAUACCAUCUAUGUACAUGGAUAAGCGUCAUGAAGACAACUGGGAGUAUGGUCUCAGCCUCUUAAAGCCAAACAGUGAUGCUUGCAUGAAAUGGUUAAAUGUGAAGCCAAAAGGGUCUGUAGCAUACGUUUCGUUUGGCAGUGUGGCAGAAAUUGGAGAAGAGCAAAUGGAGGAACUGGGUUUGGGUUUAAGGAGAAGCAAAAGCUAUUUCUUGUGGGUGGUUAGGGAAAAAGAAGCAGCCAAGCUGCCAAAAGGGUUUGUGGAGGAGACAUCUGAGAAGGGCUUGGUGGUUUCAUGGUGCCCUCAAUUGGAAGUUUUGGCACAUUAGGCGGUAGGAUGCUUUGUCACACAUUGUGGCUGGAACUCUACUUUGGAGGGCUUGAGUUUGGGAGUUCCAAUGGUGGCAGUGCCACAAUGGACUGACCAAAGCACCAAUGCCAGGUUCAUCAUGGAUGUUUGGAAAACAGGGCUUAAAGCUCAAGCUGACAAGAAAGGGAUAGUGAGAGGAGAAGAAAUAGCACAUUGCCUGAGAGAAAUAUUGGAUGGGGAGAGAGGAAAGGAGAUUCGAAAGAACACUUCAAAGUGGAAAGCAUUGGCCAAGAAUGCAGUGGAUGAAGGUGGAAGUUCUGAUAAAAACAUUGAUGAGUUCAUUGCAAAACUGGUUCAGAGUUAGGCUAGGCAAAGCUGCAAAAUUGCCGAGUACAAGUCCUCAUAUUGAAAAUAAAAGUGAGGCUAUAUAAUGUAACAGACUUUGUGAUUCUAAUAAACGGUUCAAAAAGAAGAAAUCUUCUGCAAACAAUUUUGUUACCUUCUGCCUGUGCAUAUAU